AUGAAGACCGAGGCCAAGGGUUUGGGGCGGUCUGUGUCGAGGUCACUGCAGGGUGAUGGCCGGUGGAGCCGAGAGGUCCUGCUGCUGGCCUACAUCCUCCUGGAGCUGAUCGCCGUCCACUCCUCCACCGUCCUGGGAAACCUGGAGCUCCAGCUGGAUGAGGAACAGCCUGCCGGGACCAUCGUAGGGGACAUCAGCGCUGGGUUACCGCCUGGUGUCACCGCAAGUCUUUACUUCAUUUCAGACCACGAGGGCACCGGGGUCGGGAGUGACCUGGACAUAGAUGAGAGCACGGGCAUCAUCAAGACAGCCAAGGUGUUGGACCAUGAGCUGAGGGACCGGUACAACUUCAUUGCAGUGACUAUGACGGGCGUGACCGUUGAAGUGACCAUCACAGUGAAUGACAUCAAUGACCAUGCUCCUACAUUCCCCCGGAGGAGAGCGGCGUUCAAGAUCCCGGAGAUGACGGCGGUGGGAACCAGGUUCCCCCUAGAGCCGGCGGUGGAUGGGGACAAAGGCCAACUGACUACCCAGGGAUACCUCAUCAAAGAUGGGAACCCCGGCCAGGCUUUUCUCCUGGAGACCCGGAGAGGAUCCAACCAGGUUCUCUAUCUGGACCUGGUGGUCAACACUCUUCUGGACAGUGAGACCAGACCAUCUUAUACGUUAUCCUUGGAGGCGUUUGAUGGAGGCUCCCCUAAGAGGACUGGUCAGAUGGUGCUAGAUGUGACGGUUCAGGAUAUCAAUGACAACGCUCCAGUCUUCAACCAGAGUCGCUACCACGCCAUUAUCUCAGAGAAUCUGCAGCCGGGUAGCAACAUCCUCCAAGUCUUUGCCUCUGACGUCGACCAGGGAGACAACGGUCUGGUUCUGUACGAGAUCAACCGCAGGCAGAGCGACCCGGAGCGCUACUUCGUCAUUGACUCUCGUACGGGUGUCAUCACGCUCAACAAGCCGCUGGACUUUGAGAUGCGGAGGGUCCACGAGCUUGUGGUCCAGGCAAGGGAUAACGCCACGCAGCCCGAGGUUACCAACGCCUUCGUUACAAUCCACGUACGGGACUACAAUGACAACCAGCCCACCAUGACCAUCAUCUUCCUCAGUGAAGACGGCUCCCCACAGAUCUCCGAGGGCGCCCAGCCUGGCCAGUAUGUCGCCCGCAUCUCCGUCACCGACCCAGACUACGGAGAAUACGCCAAUGUCAACGUCUCCUUGGAAGGAGGGGACGGGAAGUUUGCCCUGACCACCAAGGACAACAUCAUCUACCUGAUGUGUGUGGACCAGAUCCUGGACCGAGAGGAGAGGGACACAUACGAACUCAGGGUGAUGGCUACAGACGCAGGCACCCCUCCUCUCAGGGCUGAGUCCUCCUUUACGAUACAAGUCACUGACGUCAACGACAACCCUCCUCUGUUUGAUCAGCAGCAGUACAGACAGGUCAUACCUGAGGUGGUGUUCCCAGGGAGCUUCGUAUUGCAGGUCACGGCUAGAGACAAAGACCAGGGGCCCAAUGGAGACAUCACAUACAGCCUCCUCCAGGAUGGCCAGGCCGGCCAGGAUGAGAACCAGGCCCAGUGGUUCACCAUAGACCCAGUAACAGGGAUCAUCACCACACUCUCCCAGCUGGAUUACGAGUCGCAGCCCAGGCCGAAUGUGACAGUGGUGGCUACAGACGGAGGGAGGCCUUCCCUGUCCUCCACAGCUCUGGUCCAUGUGGUGCUGCAGGAUAUUAACGACAACGAACCUGUGUUCGGUACCAACUUCUACAACGUAUCCAUCAAGGAGAACACGGCCGCUGGGACCUGCAUCCUAGAGGUGACAGCGACAGAUGCGGACGGUGGCUCCUUCGGCUCCAUCAGCUACUCUCUGGGGUCAGGCAUCAACAGUGCUGUCCCCUCCCAGUUCUCUGUAGGGAAGGAGACAGGACAGAUCUGUACCAACGUGGCUCUGGACAGGGACCAGGGACCAACCAGCUACGACUUUACCGUCACCGCCGUGGACGGGGGCGGUCUGAACUCUGUGGUCUACGUCAGGGUGGACCUGCUGGACAUCAAUGACAACAGACCAGUCUUCUACCCUGUGAGCUACGCCGUCAGCCUUAGCUCCCAGAGUGCACCUGGCACCUCUGUUGUCAAGGUUACGGCCCUUGACUCAGACACUGGGGAGAACGGGAGGGUCACGUACCGAACCGUCCCCAGGGGCAACUCCCCCUUCUUCACCCUCAACAAAGACACAGGUGUGAUCUCCCUGUCCCGGUCCCUACAUGGCAAGGCCAACACGGUGAUCCCCAUUGUGGUUUCAGCCCAGGACGGAGGGGGUCUGGCAGCACUGGUCAACGCCCGGGUCAACAUCAGUGUGGUGGCAGGCCUGGUGGCGCCCCCUGUGUUCGAACACAGUCAGUACAGCUUCACUGUGUCUGAAAACGUACUGCGAGGGACUGAGGUUGGCAUCGUACAGGCCAUCAGUAAGAACGGUGGGUGCGGCCCCAGUAAGGACAUCCUGUACACCAUCUCCUCUGGAGACCCUGCUGGCUACUUCACUGUGGACCCAGAGAGCGGUGCCCUGCGGACCAGCCUUCCCCUGGACCACGAGGCCCAGCCCUCUCUAACCCUGGAGCUCCAGGCUCGUAGCGGCAGCCCCCCUGCCUUCGGUCAGACCUACGUCCACAUCACCAUCCAGGACAUCAACGACAACGCUCCUGUGUUCAUGCCCUCCUCUUCUGAGUCUCUCCUCCUCCCGGAGCACACAGAGAUGGGGACCGUGGUCUACAGAGUCCAGGCCAAAGACCGGGACUCCGGCCUCAACGGCCAGAUGACCUUUGAUCUUUCCUCCACCGCGACCUCAAGCGGAGGUCAAAGAACCUUUUCCAUGGAGCGCAGCACAGGGGAGAUCCGGCUGGUUGGCGGGCUGUCGUACGACGUAACGCCGCGUUACGACCUGACGGUGACAGCUAAAGAUGGUGGCGCUCCCCAGCUGAGCUCUACCAUGAUGCUUGUGGUGCACGUCCAGGCGGAGAACGACCACGGUCCUGUGUUCGACACCCUGACCUACCGCGUGGAGCUGAGGGAGAACACGCCGCUCAGCACACGCUUCCUACAGGUGCGAGCUCUGAGCCUGGACACCACGGGUUCAGGCUCCUCCUCUCCACUGGCGUACUACCUGAGACCUGACGGAGACGCAGCAGGGUUUGGCAUUGCAGCAGACAGCGGCUGGCUGUUUGUGAAGAGCGCCCUGGACAGAGAGGUGAAGGACAUGUACAUGUUGAUGGUUCUGGCCACGUCGGGCCACGGGCAGCUGAAGAAGACGGGCAGUGCCACGGUGAGGGUGUCGGUGACCGAUGAAAACGACAACUCACCCCGUUUGACCCAGGAGAGGACUUUCCUGGCCGUGAGAGAGAACCUUCCGGCGGGGUCAGGGUUCGGACGGGUUUCAGCUAUGGACCGCGACUCAGGGCUCAACGGCAGGCUCAGUUACAGACUCCUACACCCAGACAGAAACUUCCAGAUCAACUCACACACAGGUGAGAUCAGUACCCGUGUAGGUCUGGACAGGGAGCAGCAGAGUAGUUACCAGGUGUUGUUGGUGGUUCAGGAUGGAGGUACUCCCCCGCGCAGCGCAACAGGGACAGCCUUUAUCACCAUCUUGGAUGAGAACGACAACACUCCCUCCUUCAGACACAGCCAGCCUGGCAGAGGACUGACCAUGCAGGUGAUGGAAGGCCAGGCAUCAGGUCUACUGCUGGGGAAAGUACAGGCCAAGGACCCUGAUGAGGGAGAGAACGGCACUGUGUACUACUCCAUGUCAGGUCCCAGAGCAGAGCGUUUCUCUCUGAACCCUACUACAGGUGAACUGCGUUCCUCCUCUCCUCUGAGUCACUCUGACAGAGCUGAGUACAGCUUCACUGUGACCGCCACUGACCGAGGCCAGCCAUCUCACAGCGCUACCUGUACACUACACAUACAGGUCCUGAGUGCGAGCAGAGCUCCUUCCAAAGCCAACUCCCUCUCCAUAUACUUCAACUCCGUCGAGGAGGCCAAACCGGGCUCUGUGAUUGGCUCUGUGAAGUCACAUGACAGCUUAGAGCUCCCUGAGGCUGGUCAGGUGACCUAUACGGUGGUGGGCGGGUCAGACCGAGACGGAACGUUCAUGGUGGACCGUCAGACAGGUGAUGUGUACCUGGCAAGGGAGCUGGACUACGAGCGAUCUGCCCGCUACACACUACAGAUAGAGGUGGAUGACUUCUCCAUGACAUUACCCAGCAGCCACCUGGUGCAGCUGGACAUCGAGGUGAAGGACAGCAACGACCACGCACCCUGCUUCCCGGAGGACCCCGUUACCAUGGUGAUACCUGAGAACAUGGAGCCUGGGGCCACCAUCUACACCUUCCAGGCCUCGGACCAGGAUGGAUCAGGGCCCAACAGCCUGCUGACCUACUCCAUCCUGCACCAGUACCCUGACCUCCCUGACAUCCUGACCCUUCACCCUUCCACUGGCGUCCUGACCCUGGCGCAGGAACUGGACCAUGAGGUUACUUCCUCCCUUAUCCUGGUCGUCCAGGCGACAGACUCCGCCCUGAACGGCAGCCAGCGGCGCUGGGGCUCGGUGACAGCGAGGGUGUUUGUGACAGACGAGAACGACAACUGUCCAGUGUUUAGCUCGCCUUCCGCGGUCAGUGUCAUGGAGGACCAGCCUGUGGGCUUCGUGGUUCUCUACGUUGUGGCGCGAGAUGCCGACCAGGGGGAGAACAGACGGGUCAGCUACUUCAUCGAGACUGGCAACGCUGGAGGGACAUUCAGCCUCAACCCUAAUACUGGUUCUUUGUCUAUCCUGAAGCCUAUCGACCGGGAGGAGCAGGUCCUGUUCAACCUGACCAUCGUAGCCCAGGACCACGGGGUACCAGCGCUCUCAUCCAGCCAGCUGUUGUCUGUCCAGGUCAUCGAUGUGAACGACCAGGUGCCCUGGUUCCAAGAGAACCAGUACCAAGCCCAGAUUACAGAGAACCAGCCUGCAGGAACCACUGUUCUGGUGGUGUCGGCCUCCGACCUGGACCAAGGUACCAAUGGCCAGGUGACAUAUGGAGGCAUCUCUGAUGAGGGUUUCAGCAUUCACCCAGCUACAGGUGUUAUAACCACCACUAAAGCCCUGGACAGAGAGGCACAGGAACAAUACACACUGACAGUGUAUGCCCGAGACGGUGGCGUGCCUCCUAACUUUGCCCGGGCGUCAGUGAGGAUCCGGAUGUUGGAUGAGAAUGACAACGCCCCAACGUUCAGUAGACUGUACUACAGCCUGGAGGUGCCUGAGAACAUGGAGGCUGUUGAGCUGUUCACCCUCAGAGCUACGGACCUGGACACUGGGGACAGCGGAGAGAUGACCUACAAGAUCACAGCAGGCGACCCAUCAGGAGACUUCCGUGUGGACAGGAAGUCAGGUGUUCUCUCCACCUCCAGACCUCUGGACAGGGAACGUAGGGCCAGGUACAGUCUGACAGUGACAGCCCUUGACGGGGGCUCUCCGGCCCUGAGCAGCAUGGCCACAGUAGAGGUCACUCUCCUGGACGACAACGACCACAGCCCCCAGUUCACCAGCCCCAGCUACACCGCUGACCUCCCUGAGGAUGCUCCCAUUGGCUCCCUGGUGCUGGAGGUCUCUGCUACUGACCUGGACCAAGGGUCUAACAGCCAGGUGCUGUACUUCCUGUUGCGCGGUUCCCAGGGCAUGUUCAUCAUCGACCAGCACACGGGACAUGUCAUCACCGCCGCUCCGCUCGACCGGGAACGAACCGCGUCGUACAAUUUCGAUGUCUGCGCCACAGACUCGUCCCCCGCCAGCCCACGCAACUCCACCGCCACGGUCAACGUGUAUGUACAGGACGUGAACGACAACGCUCCAUUCUUCAUCCAGGACCCCCUGGUUAUCAACAUCUCUGCCUCCAGUGUCUCCUCCCACCGCGUCCUGGCCACCAUGCGGGCGGAGGACCGUGACUUUGGGGCCAAUGGCUCAGUGUUCUACCGCUUCGCCAGCCCUGUCCGGGGCUUCACCAUUAACUCUCUGACUGGGGACAUCCAGGCUACAGAGAAGCUGCAGGGACUGACCCAGGGCCAGAGGACUCUGAUUGUAGAGGCUAUGGACCAGGGCAGCCCAGCCCAGUCCUCUCUAGGGGUGGUGGUCAUCUACAUCAGAGAACAGACCUACAGGGGGAUCCGCUUCUCACGCCACGCUAGAGACGUCAGUCUGCAGGAGAACGCUGCCAAAGGUACCGCUGUGGUGCAGACUCAGGCCCAGUACCCUGAUGGAUCCCGUAGUGGGAUCAGUUACACCAUCUUCAGCGGCAACACCCUACACUCCUUUGGAAUCAGCUCCUCCACUGGUGAGAUCUGGGUACAGAGCUCCAUGGGGCUGGACUAUGAGGAGUCCCCUAGACUCCGCCUAGUGGUGAAGGCUGAAACUGCAUCCUCCAGUUCUUUCAUGGCGGUCAACCUGAUCCUGCAGGACGUCAAUGACAACCUGCCGCGCUUCCAGCUUCAGAACUAUGUAGCCUACAUACGAGAGGCACAGGGAUAUCAUUUUCCUAUAAUACAGGUGGUGGCUGAUGACCUAGACCAGGGCCAGAAUGGUCAGGUGACCUACAGCCUGAGGUCGUCGUCUCUCAGCGGCCUGUUCAAGAUCGACUCGCUGACCGGAAGCAUCACCACCGCCGCUAUCAUGGACCGAGAGAUCUGGACACAAACCAAGCUGGUUGUUACGGCGACGGACCGGGGCACACCCCGAUUGGCCGGCUCGGCGACCCUCACGGUGAUCAUCGUGGACCUCAAUGACAACAGUCCUACAAUCCCUCUGCCGCGUGAGAUCAGAGUACCAGAGAACACUGUGGUUGGCUCGGUAAUAACCCAGGUGACAGGAAAUGACGUGGACUCAGGUCCCGCCCUGUCCUACACCCUCCACCUGGACCCGUCUUCCCAGGGCGUAUUUGGGAUCCACCGCUACGGGGGCGGGGUGUCUCUGACUGCCCCUCUGGACUAUGAGGAGAAGACCUGGUACACGCUGACUGUCAUGGCAACUGACUCCAAACACCAGACUGAAGCUAACCUCACCAUACUGGUGGAGGAUGUCAAUGAUAACGCUCCUACGUUCACACAGGAUCUUUACCAGAUGACUCUGGCAGAGCACUCCCCAGCUGGCAGUGCAGUUGUCACUGUGACAGCCACGGACCGCGACUCUGGGGAGAACGGCCGCGUCACCUACAGAGUGAUGUCAUCAACCCGGGACAUCUUCUACAUCGACCCCAGCAAUGGUACCCUGUUCAUCACCCAGCAGGCAGAGUUUAACUCUGAAAACCCUUCUAUCCUGGUGGUAAUAGAGUCCAGAGACAUGGGAACACCAGCCCUCUCCUCCACCGCUACUGUACAGGUCCAGGUGACUGACGUCAACGACAACGCGCCCGUCUUCCACCAAUCAGAGUACAGAGCCACGGUGUCAGAGGACGGCCUUCCAGGCGUCACCAUCCUGACCCUGGAGGCGACCGACGGCGACGCGUCACGCGACAACUGCGGCUUCGACUUCACCAUAGCCAGCGGAAACUCAGGCAAUGCCUUCCAAAUCGAGAGCAGCGUACGCUUCCUUGAAGGACGGGGCUUCCAGACGGUAGGCAGCGUGGUAUUGACCGGUGAGGGGCUGGACUUCGAGGCAGUGUCCAGUUACAACCUGACCGUGGUCGUGUCGGACCGUGGAGUGCCCCAGAGGAGCUCGGCUGUCUCUGCGCUGAUCAGUGUGACGGAUACUAACGACAACCCUCCGGCGUUCAGCAGGGCAGAGUACAGUGUGGUGCUGAGUGAAGGAACAGCUGCAGGGACUGAAGUCCUCAGCCUGUCUGCAACAGACCCAGACUCCUCGGAAGUAGGGAAGGUGCAGUACCUGAUCAGCUCUGGGGAUGAGACGGGUAUGUUCCAGGUAGACCGCUGGACCGGAGCCCUGAGGCUGCAGAGACCACUGGACAAUGAGAGACAGGCAUUCCAUGUAAUCAUUGUGCAGGCAUCAGAUGGACAGGGUCACUAUGCACUGGCUCCAGUCACUGUGGAGGUGAAGGACAUUAAUGACAACAGACCUUACUUCCCUCUGCCUGUCCUCACCGCCAGCGUCAGAGAGAACCAGCCUCACAACACCCUUGUCACCAUGCUGCACGCCAUCGACCAGGACACGGGAGUCUUCGGACAGCUGAGAUACUACAUGUUGGACAAGACUGGAGAGGGGAAAGACGCCUUCCUGGUCAACCAGACAUCAGGCGAGGUCCGGACUCGCUUCACCUUCGACUUUGAGAAAGUCAACUUGUUCAACUUUGUAGCUCUGGCCAUGGAUGCAGGGAACUACUCGGCCACGGUGACCGUCCAGGUGUACGUGACAGGGGAGGAUGAGUACGACCCUGUGUUCUCCGACACAGAGUUCUCCUUCUUAGUUCCUGAGGGGUCGAAGGAGGGCCAGAGCAUCGGUCAGGUGACAGCCAGAGACGAGGACGAGGGAGUGGACGGGAUUGUUCUGUACUCCCUAGCUGACCCCUCGCCCUACUUCCAGGUCAAUGCAUCGACAGGCAUGGUUUCCCUGAAGAUGGACAGCCAUGUCCGUCAUCUGAGCAGGUCCAAGAGGGAGGUCCGUGUGAUGAACCUUGACCUGAAGGCCCACAGCCCUCUGGAGACGUCCCGUGUGGCCACCGCUCGCCUCACCGUUGACGUAACACACACCUCCUUCGGCGUGGCAUCGGACAUGAACCUGCUGCUGGUCAGCGUGAUCGCUGUGUCCCUGGGAGCCAUCCUCAUCCUCAUCUUCAUCGCCAUGGCUCUGUUCUGUGUGAGACUGAGACGUCAGAGGAAAGAGCAGCAGAGUUGCUGCAGACCUCCAGCCUCUCCCGGCCAUGGCACGAUGCUGCACAAACUAGAGGAGACUAAAGUCACUGGCAACGACCGGAACGACCGCAUCUACCACCAGGCCUUACCAGGGUACGCUUCCGACCAAACUGGGAGUGGUGUGGGAGGGCCAUACCCCCGCGGGGGCUCCCUGGACCCAUCCCACUCCAGCGGGCGUGGCUCAGCGGAGGCGGCGGAGGACGAUGAGAUCCGAAUGAUCAAUGAGUACCCCCGUGUCUCCUCCAUCUCUUCGUCCAUGCAGGAACACAUCUCAGCCCGCGGGCCAGACUCUGGUAUCCAGCAGGACGCUGACCAGCUGUCUGACGUCUCCUGUGAGCCCAACAUGGACUCCAACCAGUGGUUCAAGGCCAAGAAGCUGGCCAGUCUCAGUGGGACUCUGCUGGCUGGCCAGGUGCCUGUCUACAGGGAGGAUGGAGGAGGUUAUCUGGGGGUAGGGAGGGGGCUGAACAUCUCCCACCCUAAAGACUAUGCCUUUCCAGUGGAUGGUAAACCCACUGUGGACGGCUCCCUCACAGCCAUAGUGGCCAGUGACGAGGAGCUGAGGGGCAGUUAUAACUGGGACUACCUGCUGAACUGGUGCCCACAGUUCCAGCCAUUAGCAAACGUCUUCACGGAGAUAGCGAGGUUAAAGGAUGAGACGGCCCCUCCUAACCCUCGCAGACCGCUCCAGCACAAAGCCAAGGUGGACCCCAAACCCCCUCGCAUUGACCCCCCGCCCCUAAUCACCUCCAUAGCCCACCCCGGGGCGAAGACAGUCCCCGUCAAGCCUGCUCCCGUUAAACCCUCUGUGGGGAGGUCCUCCUUCCCCCAUCUGGCCUCCCUACGGAGGUCCCCCAUCAGUCACGAGGGCUCCCCCUCCUCAGUAGCUAUGUCCCCCAGCUUCUCCCCCUCCCUGUCCCCCCUAGCAGCCCGCUCCCCGGCCAUCACACCUUUUGGCGUCACCCAGGGCCCCUCAGCCUCCAUGAUCAGCACCACUGAACACAGCUUGGAGCACAGUGAAGAGGCCGAGAUGAGGAUAUAGACUAUCGACUCACAGAUGAGGAUAUAGACUCUAUUGACUAACAGAUGAGGAUAUAGACUCUGUAGACUGAGGAGGAUAUAGACUCUGUAGACUGAAAUGAGGAUAUAGACUCUAUCGACUCACAGAUGAGGAUAUAGACUCUAUCGACUCACAGAUGAGGAUAUAGACUCUAUUGACUCACAGAUGAGGAUAUAGACUCUAUCGACUCACAGAUGAGGAUAUAGACUCUAUCGACUCACAGAUGAGGAUAUAGACUCUAUCGACUCACAGAUGAGGAUAUAGACUUUAUUGACUAACAGAUGAGGAUAUAGACUCUGUAGACUCUGUAGACUGAGAUGAGGAUAUAGUCCCUGUAGACUCUGAGGUACUAGAGAUUGGAGACUGAUACUGAGUUAUUGUUCCUCAAAAGACAGUGAUGUCUCAAUUGACACCCUAUUUAGGUUGCAGGGUGGUACCCCUCCUAAUGUGUAAUGGUCACAGUAUCUGGUGUCAAUAGACUGUAUCGUACAGUGUACCCUCCCUUCUGGCCAGAACACAGAGUGUGGUUAGCACUGUAGUUAAAUAAUGAAGUAACUCUCAAAUGGACUCUGAAAGGUGGUAGCUGCAUCAAAAACUAAUGGGAUGAAUGUUGCCUUUUCCUCUUCCCUCAAUCCAAUCAGUGUCAAGAGAACAAAACUACACAGGAUUUG